UAAAAUAAUUAUUCUUCUUGGUAAACAAUUUAAAACUCAUCAAAACAAGAGAGCAAGUUAAAAAAAAAGCCGAUAGAAAAGCUCUCUAGUGUGAAACCCUAAAGGAAUCUCGCUAUCUUCCAUGUCUGUUCACAGAUCCUUUUUCUCCUCCCUUUAAAGUUGUCUGCUAUUCCUCUGUUUGCCGCGGAACAGUUUGAAGAGCCUUCGUUUUCCAGAUCUGAUGAACCUUUGGUAGAUCUGUGGGCAUGAGCGAUGUCUCUCGGUGGUGUAUAAGGUUUCACCCUUGUCCGGUCUCCGUCUGCGUCUCUGAUCAAGGUAAAGUUUCAACCUUUGUGGUUCUUCUGUGAUGUGGUGGUUGUUCACAACCUGUUUAGAGUGGUUCUGCGACAGUUUGAGAGGGUUGAACCCGGUUAGUCUCUCAUGGAUUUUGGGGUUGCCUUAACUAAUCUUUGAUUCAGCAACGGUGUAGCAGUGUCGUGGUUGUGUGUGGUGAGCAGGUGAAGGUCAUGGUCCUUGAGAUGAAGAUGGUUUUAGGUUACCUCUUAUCUCCCGGUUACGAAGGUCCCUCUCGCACCUUGAAUAAGUGUUCUUCCUGGGUGCUUCUAGUCUCUGGUUUUCCUCUGUGUCUUUGUAUGGUGAAGCAAUAUAACGAGGUGGAGCCGUGAAGAUCUCCAGAUGAAGGUGCGGUUGAGGUGGACCUUAUUUCGAGUUUUGUCUCUUCACGGUUUUGUGCCUUGGUGUAGGCGUUGUGGUUUAGUAGUCGUCAUCGUGAACAUGUGGUUCAGAUGAGGUCUUGAUGGUUCAGGCGUUGUCAUUGUGAACUUGGGGUUCAAUGAAGUCUCUGCGCUCCCGGUAUAUUGCGUUGCGUGCUAUCUUGCUUAGUUCAUGGUAAGAAAUCCGGCUAGUUAUUGAUUGUUAAGUCUUUGCCUUUUCUAUCUAGUGUUGAUUUGAUCUGGGUUUGUUGAAGGAGUUUAGGAGUUGAUUUAUAUUUCAGUUGUUCAUGUGUCACCCGUGUAUUUUGGAUUUUCGAUCCCUUUUUUUGGGUUUAGCUUCCGGGGAGGUCUAUGUGUUCGGCCGGUUUUCUAAUGUUAUCAAUGAAAUCGAAAGGGAAAGAAAACAAUUUAAAACUCAUUUUCCGUGUAACUUUGUUUUUAGCGCCAACUUAAUUAAUCAUCAAGAUCUGAUCUCUGCUUUUAAUUAGAUCAAUAUAUAUAUAUAUAUAUUAAACAUUUUUUUGUUAAAAUUAAGAAUCAUGUUUUUCCCGUUUUGUGUUACAUUUUAUAGGUUAAUUUAAAAUAAUUUCAUCAUGAUUUUGUUCUAUAUGAAAAAUUGGCAACAUCUUUUGUACUGUCCCGUGAACCCACCGGGCAGUUUCAUAUCGCUAUCUUCACUUUUGCUUUCUAAAACUUCAUUAUUUGUUUUUAUAGGCACAAAUAGAUUUGUUUUCUUAUUUUCAUUUUGAUUAUUUUAAAACCCCACAUCUGCGACCAAGUCCCUCCUCAGUCUUUAUAUAAACAUCUCUUCUCUCGACAACUUGGUAUCAAAUUACAAGUUAAAAAAAUAAAAUAAAAACCUAAAAAUAAUAUAUGGGUGUGUCAAGUGAUACGGUGGAGAAAUCCGAUCUUCAGCGACCGUUAGUGGAUCCGACAAACUCGGAUCCAAAACCACCCAAAGAUGUCGGACUCGAGAGCGUUUUAACGGAUAGUAGCCUUUCGUGUCGGAGGCGCGUGUACUUAGGCGCGUGCAUAGAGUUGAAGGUACUCUUCAGGUUGGCACUUCCGGCGAUACUUGUCUAUCUAGUCAACAGCGGAAUGAGUAUCUCCGCUCGUAUAUUCUCCGGACAUCUCGGCGGUCAAGAACUCGCCGCCGCAUCCCUCGGAAACAGCUGCUUUUUUCUCGUCUACGGCCUCAUGUUAGGCAUGGGCAGUGCAGUCGAGACACUAUGUGGACAAGCAUAUGGAGCCCAACGGUUCGAUAUGCUUGGGACCUAUCUCCAACGAGCAACAAUUGUCCUCGCUUUAGUGGGUUUGCCCAUGACAGUUCUAUACACCUUCUCAUACCCGAUCCUACUCAUGUUAGGCGAACCCAAAUCAGUGUCUUACAAGGCUUCUUUGUACAUCGCUGGACUCCUCCCUCAAAUCUUCGCCUACGCCGUCAACUUCACGGCCCAAAAGUUCCUCCAGGCCCAAAGUGUGGUGAUUCCCAGCGCGUACAUCUCAGGCGCCGCCCUUCUCCUCCAAAUCUUGCUGACGUGGUUUGCCGUUAACGUAAUGGGCAUGGGCCUUAUUGGAAUCGCUUGUGUUCUUACAGUCUCAUGGUGGGUGAUGGUUGUGGCCCAGACUUUGUAUAUAACGUGUAAUGAAAGGUUUAAACACACGUGGACUGGACUUAGCUCGAGAUCGUUCCAAGGUCUUUGGAGUUUCUUUAAACUCUCUGUUGGGUCUGCUGUUAUGAUCUGUCUGGAAAUGUGGUACUCACAGAUUCUUGUUCUUCUCGCUGGUUUGCUUGAGGAGCCUGCUCUCUCUCUAGAUUGUCUCUCCAUCUGUAUGGCAGUUUCAGCAUUGUCCUUCAUGGUUUCUGUCGGCUUCAAUGCGGCUGCAAGUAUACGAACAAGUAAUGAGCUCGGAGCAGGGAAUCCAAAAUCAGCUUUGUUCUCUACAUGGACGGCGACUUUUGUUUCCUUCAUGAUCUCCGUUGGGGAGGCGCUCGUCCUAAUGGCGUCACGUGAUUACAUCAGCUACAUCUUCACGUCGGACGCUGACGUGGCUAAGGCCGUCUCUGACCUCUGCCCUUAUCUUGCCGUCACAGUCAUUCUCAACGGAAUCCAACCCGUCUUGUCCGGAGUGGCAGUAGGAUGUGGAUGGCAGACCUUCGUAGCAUAUGUAAAUGUUGGUUGUUACUAUGUUGUUGGUAUUCCCAUUGGUUGUGUUCUCGGUUUCACUUUCAAUUUGCAAGCUAAGGGAAUAUGGACCGGGAUGAUUGGAGGUACCCUCAUGCAAACUCUCAUCUUACUUUACGUCACGUAUAGAACAGAUUGGGAUAAAGAAGUGGAAAAGGCGAAGAAACGAUUGGAUAUGUGGGACGACAAGAAGGAUGCUGUCCAAAACUAGUUAUAGUAAGUCCGGAGGAGUGGAAGGCAAAAAAAAAAGAAAGAAUAGCAACUGUGUGGUCUGUGGAGGUGGUUUGAUGAAAAGAAGAUCCUUCUUUUUAAAAGAUUUUAGAAGUUGUAAAAUAGAAUAAAACUAUUCACAAGUCUUUGGGAAAACAUUGUUGGCUAAUUUGAUGGAUGGUUUCCUCAAUCU